UUCUCUUAGGGGGUGAGGGAGGCAGGAAGCAGUUCAGUCUCCAUGCCUCGAGCCUGCCCUGGAUGCUCUUUUUCUGAAGCACUUUUAAUUUGCGCUGUUAUAUUUGCAGUCAUACUUUCCGUUCCCCGCUGUGCACAAUAUAAUCCCUCUCAGCAUGGCUUUACUUCCAGGGAGCGUAGUGCUCAGCAAACACGCUAAACCAACAGCCAUCUCACUAACACAACUGAAGCCUCUAUCCGUCACAAAACCACCUUCAAUGCGAACUCAGCAUUGAGUUACCAGAAAAAAGAGAGUUUCUUCACUUCAUUAAUGCUGAUAGCAUCUCUGAUCAGUUAAAAUAACUGAAUAUAAUACCACAAUCCUGACUUAAACAUCGGGUAUAUUUAUUGCAAAUCAUAACAAAUUGUUUUCUUUCUAUUCUUAUUGUGACUUCAUAGGAGUUGAUACACCUGGAAAUUUAAGAAAGAAAGCGGGAAGUUAAUUUCUAAACAUGCAUUCCCUACGGUUGAUCCAUUCGUAAAUUCAACAGAUUUAUUCGGUCUUGGAUCCCUGUGGAGUGCGAUCGGCCUGCUUCACACUCUCUUAGUCUCUCUAUCUCUCUCCUGCCAGCCAGCUUGUCAUUCGGAUAAGGGAAAAGGAUGGCUACAGAGACAGCCAUGCCCACGGAAAUGGAUGAUCUGCAGAGACGGGCAGAUCAAGUCACUGACGAGUCCUUGGAAAGCACUCGUCGGAUGAUGCAAUUAGUGGAAGAGAGCAAAGAUGCUGGGAUCAGGACGUUGGUCAUGCUGGACGAGCAAGGAGAGCAACUGGAAAGAGUCGAGGACGGGCUGGACCAGAUCAAUCAGAACAUGAAAGAGGCUGAAAAAAACCUCACCAACCUGGGCAAGUGCUGCGGUCUUUGCUCCUGCGAGAAACUGAAGGAUUUCGAGGCGGGUGGCGCCUAUAAAAAAGUCUGGGGGAACAACCAGGAUGCUGUGGUCUCCAAUCAGCCUCUCUCCCGCGUGGUGGACGAGAGGGAGAAGAUGACCAUGAGUGGGGGACACAUCCGCAGGGUCACCAAUGACGCCCGGGAGGAUGAGAUGGAUGAGAAUCUGGAGCAGGUGGGCAGUAUCCUGGGCAACCUGCGGAACAUGGCCCUGGACAUGGGCAACGAGAUCGACACCCAGAACAUUCAGAUUGACCGGAUCAUGGACAAGGCAACCGUCAAUAAUAGCCGCAUCACAGAAGCCAACCAGAGGGCUACCAAGCUGAUGUCAGCAUGAGAAAAUCUCAACCGAUUCUCCCAUCACUGAGUGUCUCUGCCACACACUCACCCCCUAUAGAAUAAAUUCAUUUUGCUUCAUGAAGUUGAACGAAACCUGCUGAAUAAUGUUACGUUAACAUAUUGAAUUGCACACCACUUUGGAGUUUUCCCAUAUACAAAAUGAAAAACUGACAAAUUAAAAAAUGUGACAUUUCUAACUCUAAUGUGACAUACUAUUGUACUAUUAUGGCUUCCAGUAGUCUUUUUGCGAUAUAAUUUAGUAGUUUUUUUUUUUAUUUAUUAUUAUUAUUAUUAUUAUUAUUAUUAUUAUUAUUACAUGAUGUUAAAUAAAAGAUCUCAAAUUAUGCUUAUGUAGUUUUUUUUUAUUUUUAAUUAUGUCUCAAUCCUAAAAUUCUAGGUGAUACAAUACUUUAUAUUAAAUGCACAUUUUAAUAUAUUUCAAUGAUAUUUUAAACUGGCACACAGUGCCUCCCUGUGGCCCCCUGUGGUGUUACUGGUUUUCAGCCGGCUGUACUGGUUUUGGUGGUUUGGUGCUGGCUCAGGAGCUGGUUAAACUAACCCUACAAAAUAAG